CUCGUCAUGAGUUCUUUCUCAUUUGUUGAAUGAUGUGUGGAGUUCUGCUCCAGACGCGUCUGCGUAAAUAAAUGAGCCGCACGGUGUGGUUGGCUCGGCAGACACGCGCCUGGCGACCUCUAAACUUUCUACAGCAUUCAAGGCAUUUUCUUUCUGCGGUCUUGCAGGCCUCGAUCUUGUCUUGAUAACCGAACUUUGUUGUGCUAAUUGCAUUCUGAAGUGAUACGGCUUCGUUAGACAAGUGGCAGAAAUGACGUCCAAGGAAGAACCACAGCCGACGACCACGCUGGACGGUUCUUCAGUCUCAGUAAUGCCAGGCGGCAACGCCGCCUCGAUGAUCAACUCGCGCGAGAUGAACGACAUGCAAGCCAAGAUCCGAAUCUUAGAGAGACAGCGACUAGACGACCGAAACCGGCUUCUUGAGUUUGAUCGGAUGAAGCAAGAUCGGGAGAAGCUUGAGCGCGUUAUCGCGCGGCUGGAAGGGAAGAUCAAGCCGAUGUUUGAUUCGCAGCAGGAACUGAGAGAUCAAGUGCGCACGCUGGAGGAGCAGAAGCGGAAGCUGGAGGAGAUGUUGAAGGAAAGAGAGGAGAUGGUCGAGCUUUUGACGCUGGAUCGGGAGGUUGCUGAGCAGGAUGGAGAGAAUUUGCGAGAAGAGCUUGAGGAUAUCAAGGCGAGGCUGGAGGAAGCGACUCUCGAGCUUGAGAUAAUGAAGGAGGAGAACGAAGUUUUGCGGGUCGAGAUGGUGAAGGAGACAAAGACGGAUGGGAACGUGGAUGUCGCGGCGGUGCGGAAGCUCGAGGAGCAGAAUUCGCGGUUGAAAGAGGCAUUGAUCAGGCUGCGCGACCAGAACGCGAUCGAGACGCAAAACUAUCGAACAGAGCUGAAGCGCUUACAGAGAGACUCGGAGAUUUUGAUGACGUUGAAAGAAAAAUAUGAGACCGUCGUACAGCAGUUCCAGCGCGCGGAAGAGAUUGCCGACAACCUGCGGCAGCAGCUCGACGUUGCGUCUGGGGCGGAUCGAAUGCUGGACGAGCUCACGGUCAAGAAUCUAGAUCUUAGCGAGCAGGUGGAGAAAAUGCGGAUCUCGAUUCAGGAUCUGGAGACGUUGAGGGAUAUCAAUGAGGAGAUUGAGGCGAAUCAUCUGGAGACUGAGAGGCAGUUGCAGGAGGAGAUUGGAUAUCGCGAUUUUCUUUUGCGGGAGCAGGCGGAGAGAUUGAUUCAGAUUGAGGAUUCUAAUGCGGACUACGAGUAUACGGUCAAGAGGUUUCGGGAGCUCGUGACUGCUCUACAGAGUGAUCUGGAGCGACUGCGCGAGGAAAAAACAAUGGAAGAAGCUGAGGCGGCGCAGAUAUCACGCCGGACUCGAGAGAUGUUUGAUUUAAAUCGCAAACUCCAAGAAUCUGCGCGGUACGGACAGGUUCGGACGGUGGAUCUCGAGCUGCGGAGGUUAGAGGCACAAGAAGCGGUCGAGCAUCUGUCAAUCAUCAGACUUUAUCUGCCCGACUCUGUGGUCACUGUGGCAGAGUCUGUCAAGACCCUGCUUUGUCUGAAGCGGAUUGCGUUUAAAGCGGGAUUGAUUUGCUCGAUGAUAAGAGAUGCGAGUAUAGCGACCAACAACUUGGCAGUCGAGCCUACGCUGGGGACCGAGCUCUGUGACAAGAUGGCGCGCAUCUCGAUGCAUGCUCGAUGCCUAUCCGCUACGAUGAGUAUCUGCUCGGUCGCUGAGUUUGAAACGUUCGGUGCUGCCGUGAAUUCUGAAAUCAGUGGUACGGAGGCAGUGCUGGAUGGGUGCAUUGCCAGUAUCAAGGAGAAUUCGAGUUUUAGCGAAACGGGAAAGCUGACAGUACAGCUGGAUGAGGCUCUGGCUGUGCUGUCGGAGUUGUACGCGACAAAAGGUGUUGGGACAGAGCUUGUGAAGAUGGGCGAUCUGAAGCGUGUUACUGCUACUGAACUUGCACUUUUGACACGGAGCAAUAUCGACAGUAUGAUUGCAAUGAUGCAGAAUCUCCUGGUAAGAGUGUCUGGAGAGCUUCCGCCUCUCGAGAGCUCGAUGAAUGGCCAGGUUUCAUACGAGGCAGAGCUAGCUGCCAGCUUUAGGAAUACAACAGAGAUGAUGAUUGGACAAGGCAAGAGUAUGAAGGUGUUAGCCGCCAAAGCAACGACGAUAAUCGACGAAGGUGAUGAAGAGUCGAAAUGUCCUACAGAUGAUUUGGUCAAUUCCGUCAAAGAUGUCGAAGAAGUGACGAGGAGAGUCACUGUGUUUGUCAGAAACGUGAGCUUUUCUAUUAUGCAUAAGCUUGAUGCUGCGUCGGGGGAUGAUCAAGAGGUCAGGUAUGAUGAUAUACAAAAGAUAAUGAUGGACGAGGCCGACGAUGAAUGGCAGGAUUCUAGCAGUAGUAAUGCUGGAUAUUUUGCUGGGUGCCGCAAGCAGCUGGAGGAAGCGGUGUCAAAGCUGAGAGAAGUAGUCGCGCGGUUGCCUGGAUCUCAGGGGAUGGAGCACUACACGAAGGUGGUUCCACCGUGGGUGUCAAAGGUCGAAAGUCUGAAGGAAGACGAAGCAUCGAACAAGGACGUGCACGCUCGAUUUGUGCAGCUCGAAGAGGCAAUGAAAGAGAUGAUUGCACGGAUGCGCACAAACGAGCGGGAGCUGGAAGAAUCGUCGAUGAAAAACAAGUUUUUGGAGUCGCGGUUACAGAAGAACAAGGAGCGACUAGAAAGGCUGUCUACGAUAGAGACAGAGUUGGCCGAGCAUCUCAAGAUUGAAGAGUCGCUGAAGGAGUCGGUCGCGAAUUUAAACUCGGAGGUCAAGAGGUUAACGGACGAAACCUCUGAGCUGAGACGGGCGGUGGAAGAGAGCGCCGGGGCGGCAAGCGAACUGGAGCGUCUGAAAGGACGGGCGCAGGUUGCUAGUUCAGAGGAAGUGGAGGCUCUGUAUAGGCAGGUGUCGGCACUACAGUCUACGGUGCGAUACCUGAGCACGCCGCGGGAACGGGAAGUAGACGAGAUCGUGGCGUUUCUCAAACAGCCGAUCAUCAACCGAGCGCGCGGAGCCGAGGCCGAGGAGGAGAAGCGGAGGAGGAAGAUGAGGGAGAAUGAGGUGUCGACUACGAUGGACAGCUUAGUCAGGCAGUCGCUGACGUCGGAGAUGGUGAAGAUCCGGCGAGGAGCAACGGCGCGCGACCGGCGGGUGCAGCGGAACCAGGACGGGAGUGCGUCGGCGAGGCAGGCGACAGAGUACAGACAGCUGGCAGCGCGGAUGCGUGCGCUGGUGCAGCUGUAGACUGUUGUUGCAGGCACAGAGCGAGGCCGCAGACAUCAACGAACAAGGUCUUGUUAGGCGUAAGCGACCUCGAGGAAGAGAAUGCGGGGAAGCCUGCGAUUGUCAAUCGGGAAAUCGAUUGGCGGCGAGCGCGUCAUUAUUUGCUUCAGCUGAUCACCAACUAAUUGAGAGAAUCGUCAUCGCUCUCUGCUCUGUCGUCUACGCAGCCUUGUUCUGUUCCCUGCAGCUGUUGCGGUUAUCCAUUGUCCGGCCAGACGGGAACCCGCGUGGAGUUCUGCCGUAUCAGCGCCGCUCCAUUUACUCAGCAUCAG